AUGACGGAGGGUCGCACUCUCAAGAUGACUAAGUCCCAUGUGGUUGGGCAUGCCAUGGCUGAGGCUUUGCCAGAGAGCAAGAAGUCAUGGAUUUUCGAGCCCCAUUUGCGGGGAUUGAACUUCCGUCUUCUUGUCAUCCUUAUGUCGGCCUCCACUCUGGGCUUCGACGCAACCAUGAUGAACGGUUUGCAAGCACUGAAGACCUGGAGGACCUUCUUUGACGAGCCGUCUCCCGCGCUCCUCGGCACCAUCAACGCCAUGUUUCCCCUCGGAAAGAUCCUGGGAGCGCUCCCAUCCGGAUGGGUUGCUGACAAGUUCGGCCGAAAAUACACACUCGCCUUCGGUAUACUCAUUCUCAUUUUCGGCGCUGGACUGCAGGGGGGUGCCCCGAAUCUGGCCACCUUCAUCGCGGCCCGCUUCGUCCUCGGCUUCGGAAGUGAGUUUGGGAGUGUUCCAGCUCCGGUGCUGAUCACCGAGCUGGCCUAUCCAACGCACCGUGGCAAGGUAAGCAGCUUGUAUCAGACGGUAUUCUAUGUUGGUGCCAUCGGGGCCAGCUGGUCAACCUUUGGUUCCUUCCAACUCCAGUCGUCGACUUGGAGCUGGAGAAUCCCCUCCUUGUUGCAAGGACUCUUUCCUAUCAUCCAACUCUUCACCAUCUGGUUUGUCCCCGAGUCGCCUCGCUGGCUCGUCGGCAAAGGAAGAGUCGACGAGGCUCGCGCGAUUGUGUGUCGAUGGCAUGCCGGGGGCGAUGAUACAGCCCCCCUUAUCGACUAUGAGAUGAACGAGAUGGUCAGCCACCUGCAAGCCGAGGCCGAAAUCGCCGACAUGGGAUGGCGGUCGUUGUGGAAGACGAAGGCCGAUCGCAAGCGAACCGCUGUCGCCUGCUUCGUGCCAAUUCUCGCGCAGUGGACGGGUACUGGCCUGGUGACAUACUAUCUCUCGCUCGUGCUCAAUACUGUCGGCGUUACCGAUCCUUUCUACCAGACCCUGAUCAAUGGCAUCCUCCAAAUCUUCAACUUCAUCGCCGCUAUCGGAGGAGCACUGAUGGUUGACCGAGUUGGCCGUCGACCGCUCUUGUUGUUCUCAUGUAUCGGCAUGCUUUGGUCCUUCAUUGUCCUCACAGCUUGUUCAGGGGCAUUUAACAGCACGCGGGUGCCGUCUCUUGGUGUUACGGUUGUCGUCUUUAUCUUUGUGUACUACUUCCACUACGAUGUGGCAAUCACCCCGUUGACAUUCGCUUAUCCCGUCGAGAUCGUACCUUUCCACACGAGACAGAAGACCAUUGCCGCCAAUUACCUCGUCAACGCGCUGCUUUUGAUGUUCAAUUCCUUCGUCAACCCAAUUGCUCUAACUGCCAUUGGAUGGCGAUACUACAUUGUCUACAUCGUCACCAUCGCCAUCAGUACUGUUGUGGUCUUCCUGUUCUUCCCUGAAACCCGUGGUCAUUCACUCGAGUCUAUCGCAGAUCUCUUUGAUGGCCCUGCGCUCGUUUAUAAACAGAAGAAGCACAACGAGACCCUGGACCAGGACAACGACAAUAUAGAAGUUGGCUCAAAUAAAGAGGCUGUGGAGAUGGUUGAAAAAGCUUGA